AUCAUUUGUGUGGGUAGAAAGCAAAUUUGAAUUCUUUACUUUGUUAAUAACAAUAACCAUUCAUAAUUAGUUUUUGAGACAAAAUGGUUGUCAUCAAAUGUUGCUAUUUAGUGUGGCUUAUGCUAAUUUAUUGUGUUUUAAAUAUUUCCGAUGGGCUUCAGUGCAGGGAUCAAGAAAAUAACGAUGUAGAUUGGUUUGUUGUUUAUAAGCUACCUAAACAAUCAGCACAUUCUAAUAGCUUAGUAAGAGCUGGUGUAGCUUAUACUUAUAUCACAUCUAAUAAUGCUGAAAAGUGGAUAUUAUCAGACGUUGGUAUUGACCAAGUGAACUCUAUAAUUGCCAAUACUUUAUCUCCAUUUUCAAGCAGUAAUUCGAAGGAUUAUUUGUACAUUCUCUACAACGAUCAACCGCCUUACGGAAGUAAAUCAGAGAGAAUGGGCCAUACCAAGGGAGUGGUCAUUGCAAAUGAAACCCAAGGGUUCUGGUUGAUACAUUCUGUUCCGAUGUUUCCAGUUACUUUUGGGUCUUAUCAUUACCCUCAUACAGCUACACACUAUGGUCAAAGUUUCCUGUGUAUUAGUACGGAUGUAACGCACUUAAAUACUGUGGGUUUACAACUGCAAUACAACGAGCCUCAUAUUUAUGACCAGAACAUUCCUGACACCUUUAAAACUUCCACUCCUGAUCUGUACAGGGCAGCCAAUAAUAUAACCAUAGAAACUUCUCCAUUUUUUAACAUAGCCCACAUCAAUUCUAGUCAGGGAAUAGAGUUUAUUUCUUUCGCUAAAUCGGGAAAGUUUCAUAAAGACCUGUAUGCAGACUUGGUAGGGCCAAAGUUGGAGUCGGACUUGUACGUGGAGACGUGGCCUAAUGAGCCUGACAGGCUCCCUUCUGAGUGCGAUAAGACGUUUGAGGUGAACAACGUGGUUUCUAUUUUAAUUCCGGAAGCAAACGUGUCAUUUAAAACAACCGUUGACCAUUCAAAAUGGGCAGUUUCCUCCCAUACCACUUCUAAAAAUAAGUGGAUCUGUAUAGGAGAUAUAAACAGAGCGGGACCACAGGUUUUGCGUGGAGGAGGAACAACAUGUCUAAACAACAAUAUUUUAACAGAUGAUUACCAAAACAUCAUAACAGCAGUGCAAAAGUGUAAAUAAAAUGUAAAUGUAAAUCUUUUUAAUGUUUUAUCACAUACCUUUAUUCAAUAAACAAAAUAAUAUACAU